GGAUUUUUUAAAAAUUCAUUUCACAUUCGAUUUACUAUUGAAAUGUUGCGGUUAGUCGUUGCUGCGGUUACUUUUGCUACCAUUUGUGCCCAUCCCCAAUACAGGGAUAGUAUUCCAAAUGGAUACAGUGUGCCGAACCCGUGCGGUUUGGGCACUUGGGAGACAGUCGGCCAUUUCGAUCCUCACCAUCACACCCAUGAUAAAAAUCCAUUCGGACUGGCUUUUGCAGCUGCCGGUCACACGUGGACUGCGGCAUUGUGUAACGCAGACAGUGACAACGACGGUGUAACAAACGGCGCAGAACUGGGGGACCCUGGGUGUGUAUGGACAGUAGGCGCUACUCCUUCUGGACCAGCUACAGGCCAUCCAGGUAUCUGUGACCCAGUUGGGACGUGUGGACAGGCGUUUUAUUGUGGUUGCCAUGGUCACAACUGCCUUGGAAAAUAAAUGUGCAAUUGUUCAUUUGAAUUAAAUUCAUUGAAAUAGGCAUGAAAUAAAGUCAAAUAAUAGUUCUUCCCUACCUAAAUUGGAACUAAAUUAAACAUUAUUCACUGA